AUGGGUGUGAGGGUGGGGGGUGGGGGGAGACUCUUCGGGCCACUGUCAGCCCUCGCCAACAGGCUGAUCCAUCACCCGUUUGAAGAUGGUGUUUUAAUUAUUCGACAGGGAGGAGAAAUGAGCCGUGGCGUUCCCCUCGACAUUCUGUCUGAGGAGCUGCCGGUCCGGACGUCAUGGCACGUGGCUAAAAAUAUCUGUCUCGCGGAGCUCUGCCCAAGACGGACCCGAGAGCCAAAGAGAAAGCAAUGUGAAAGUAAUCCCAAGGAGAGCAGCCCCUUCAUCAACAGCAGCGAUGCAACUGCAGAGAAGACUCAGCAGUACGACGGCAAGAACAUGGCCCUGUUUGAGGAGGAGAUGGACACCAGCCCAAUGGUAUCGUCUCUGCUCAGCAGCUUGGCCAACUACUCCAACCUGCCCCAGGGCAGCAAGGAGCACGAGGAGGCCGAGAACAACGAGGCGACAGAGACACGCAAGAAGCCUAUUAAGGCGCCACAGCUGGGUACUCUGAUGGGUGUGUACAUGCCCUGUAUCCAGAACAUCUUUGGAGUCAUCCUCUUCCUCAGGAUGACCUGGCUGGUGGGAAUUGGAGGAGUCAUUGGGACCUUCAUUAUCGUUACCAUGUGCUGCACAACAACCAUGCUGACUGCGAUCUCCAUGAGCGCCAUUGCCACCAAUGGUGUAGUUCCAGCUGGGGGCUCGUACUACAUGAUCUCCCGCUCGCUGGGCCCAGAGUUCGGAGGAGCAGUGGGGAUCUGCUUCUACCUGGGGACAACCUACGCUGGUGCCAUGUACAUCCUGGGAGCCAUCGAGCUGCUCCUGAUUUACAUAGUGCCACAAGCCGCCAUCUUCCCGCUGGAGGGUCUGGAGGGGGCAGAGGCGGAGGCAGCUCUGCUCAACAACAUGCGGGUGUAUGGGACCAUCCUUCUGACCUCCAUGGCCACCGUAGUAUUUGUCGGAGUAAAGUAUGUCAACAAACUCGCCCUGGUCUUCUUGGCCUGCGUCAUCCUCUCCAUCCUGGCCGUCUACGCUGGAGUCAUCAAGACCGGCAUUGACCCUCCAGAUUUCCCGGUGUGUCUGCUGGGGAACCGCACUCUGGUGUCGAAAACCUUUGACGUUUGCGCCAAGACGGUGGAGACGGCUAACGGGACGGUGACCACGCAGCUGUGGCAGAUGUUCUGCGACUCGCCUCUGCUCAACGCCACCUGCGACAAGUACUUUGCCGCCAACAAUGUCACACGGAUCCAGGGAAUCCCAGGAGUCACCAGCGGCAUCCUUUCAGAGAACCUGAUGCCCUACUACUAUGAGAAAGGGAACCUGAUCGCUCGGGACAACAUGGCGUCCGCGGAGGAUGUGGACGACCCUCUCACCAACUCAAACCGCUACGUGCUCGCCGACAUCACCAGCUUCUUUACGCUGUUAGUGGGCAUCUACUUCCCCUCUGUGACAGGGAUCAUGGCUGGCUCUAACCGCUCUGGAGACCUGCGUGACGCCCAGAAGUCCAUCCCCAUUGGGACCAUCGCCGCCAUCACCACCACCUCCAUUGUCUACAUGAGCAGUGUGAUCCUGUUUGGAGCCUGCAUCGAGGGUGUGGUCCUCAGGGAUAAGUUUGGUGAAGGCGUGCAUGGGAACCUGGUGAUUGGCACAUUGGCGUGGCCGUCACCGUGGGUCAUUGUGAUCGGCUCCUUCUUCUCCACCUGUGGAGCUGGUCUGCAGAGUCUGACCGGAGCUCCCCGUCUGCUCCAGGCCAUCGCCAAAGACGGGAUCGUGCCUGCCCUCAGGAUCUUCGGCCAUGGGAAGGCCAAUGGUGAGCCCACAUGGUCCCUGCUGCUGACAGCUUGUAUCUGUGAGAGUGGGAUCCUCAUUGCCUCCCUGGACGCGGUCGCUCCCAUCCUCUCCAUGUUCUUCCUGAUGUGCUACAUGUUUGUGAACCUGGCCUGUGCCCUUCAGACUCUGCUGCGGACCCCCAACUGGAGACCUCGCUUCAAGUUUUACCACUGGACUCUCUCCUUUUUGGGAAUGAGCUUGUGCCUCACGCUGAUGUUCCUGUGUUCCUGGUACUACGCCAUUGUUGCCAUGGUGAUCGCCGGCUCCAUCUACAAGUAUAUUGAGUUUGCCGGGGCGGAGAAAGAGUGGGGAGACGGGAUCCGCGGUCUGUCCCUGAGCGCGGCUCGUUACGCUCUGAUGCGUCUGGAGGAAGGCCAGCCGCACACCAAGAACUGGAGGCCUCAGUUGCUGGUGCUGGUCAGUACAGAUGCAGAGCAGAACAUAGAGCAGCCUCGUCUGCUCUCCCUUACCAACCAGCUGAAGGCCGGCAAAGGUCUGACCAUCGUGGGCACAGCUCUGGAGGGAACGUACCUGGAGAACCACGACCGGGCUCAGCGCGCAGACCAGGCUCUGCGUAAACUGAUGGAGACAGAGAAGGUGAAGGGCUUCUGUCAGGUGACCGUCUCCUCAAACCUGCGAGACGCCACGUCCCACCUGCUCCAGGCCAGUGGGCUGGGGGGCCUCAAACACAACGCCGUGCUGGUGUCAUGGCCGCGCAACUGGAAGCAGGGAGACGAGCACCAGCACUGGAGGAACUUCAUUGAGCUGGUCAGAGAAACCACAGCCGCUGACCUGGCUCUGCUCGUGCCUAAGAACAUCUCUGCCUUUCCGUCCAAUGGAGAGCGCUUCACUGAGGGCCACAUCGACGUGUGGUGGAUCGUCCAUGAUGGAGGCAUGCUCAUGCUGCUGCCCUUCCUCCUGCGACAGCACAAGGUUUGGAGGAAGUGCAAGAUGCGCAUCUUCACCGUGGCUCAGAUGGACGACAACAGCAUUCAGAUGAAGAAGGACCUGACCACAUUCCUCUAUCACCUCCGGAUCGACGCCAUGGUGGAAGUCGUGGAAAUGCAAGACAGUGACAUCUCAGCCUACACUUAUGAGAAGACUCUGGUGAUGGAGCAACGAUCACAGAUGCUGAAGAAGAUCAAGAUGACCAAGACGGAGCGCGAGAGAGAGAUCCAGAGCAUCACCGACUCGUCCCGUGGCUCUAUCCGCCGCAAGAACCCGGCCGCAGUCACCACCCAGCUCAGUGUGACCGAGGAGCCGCCUGCUGCCAGCAAAGAGGAGAAGCCCGAGGAGGAGUCAAAGUCUUCUCCCCCUGUCUCUCCCCCUGCGCAGGUGCAGCUGAUCCACGACAACACCACCCCCGCCAGCCCCGCCACCCCGGCCACGCCCCUCACCCCAGAGGAGGUGCAGAGUCCUGGGACACAGGUGCAGAUGACCUGGACUGAGAAGUGUGACGGAGAGGCCCCUAAACCUCCAGGGGCCGCCACACCAGAAGGACUGAAGGACAUCUUCAACAUGAAGCCCGAAUGGGAAAACCUGAACCAGUCCAACGUGCGACGCAUGCACACGGCACUGAGGCUCAACGAGGUCAUCAUGAAGAAGUCCUCUGAGGCCAAACUCGUCCUGCUCAACAUGCCAGGGCCGCCCAGGAACCGGACAGGGGACGAGAACUACAUGGAGUUCCUGGAGGUCCUCACGGAGGCGCAGAACCCUGCAGCUCCUCCUGCACCCAAAGCUUUCUCUCCUCUCCACCCUCUCCUCUCCACCCUAUCCCCUCCAUCCUCUCCCCUCUUCAUCAGCUCCUCCCCACCUCCUCCUUCCCCUCACACAUCUCACCUCUGCCCUAACAGCCUCAUGGCACCACUGUCCAUCCAGCUCCUCUAG